AUGAAGGGCAGCAUGGCUUCACAAAACGAAGCCGACGAAGCCAAGACCCCCGAUGAACUCGAUCCACCGCGCGAUGUACAGUACUCGCAGUUCACUGUCAACACCAAACGCUACAUCGUGGUCAUGGGAUCCUUGGCCAGCUUCUUUUCGCCCCUGUCAUCCAGUAUCUACCUACCAGCCUUGACUACCAUUUCAAAUGAUCUACACGUCUCAAUCUCUCAGGUCAACUUGACCGUCACCACCUACCUGAUCAUGCAGGGUGUGGCUCCUAUGUUCACAGCAGGCUUCUCCGACAGCGCAGGCCGCCGACCUGCCUACAUUCUCUGCUUUACGGUGUACCUCGCAGCCAAUAUAGGCCUAGGUUUACAGAACAGCUAUGCUGCUAUUCUCGUCCUCCGAUGUCUCCAAAGCGCCGGUAGCAGUGGAACUGUGGCACUUGCAAAUGGACUGGUGGGCGAUAUGAUCACGUCUGCAGAGCGUGGCUCCUAUGUUGCCUUUGCUUCGGUCGGGAGCAUGCUGGGUCCCUCGCUAUCCCCAAUCAUCGGCGGUCUUUUCGCUCAAUACACAAACUGGCACUGGAUCUUCUGGUUUCUACUGAUUUUUGGCGGUGUUUUCUUUCUUAUUCUUUUGCUCUUUCUCCCCGAAACAUGUCGUAAAGUCGUCGGUGAUGGCUCAAUUCCCCCACCUCCGUUGAACAACUCGGUCGUGGAUGUGAUUCGCCAUCGCAGGCGGAAAGCUCAAGGUCUUGUGCCUACUCCGGAGGAGGAAGCUGAGGUUCGAAAGAACUACUCGCUGCGUUUUCCGUCACCCGUGCCGACAUUCAAAAUCCUCUACGACCUGGAGACCUCAGCAAUUCUACUCACCACGGGACUACUCUUUGCGGGAUUCUACGCUGUCAUGACUGGAGCCUCGACCUCUUUCCACCAAAUUUACAAGUUUAACAACCUCCAAGCCGCUUUGAUGUAUCUUCCGAUUGGCGCCGGUGGUAUUAUAUCGGCUUUCACUACCGGUAAAAUAGUGGACUGGAACUACCGUCGCCAUGCGCGACAUGCAGGUCUGGCUGUUGUGAAGGGUGUGCGCGCAGACAUAAGCAACUUCAACAUCGAACGCGCCAGGCUGGAAGUUGCCCUGCCAUAUUAUUACAUCAGUAACAUUGCAAUGCUAGCAUACGGCUGGGUUAUGGGACGGGACAUUCAUAUCGCUGCUCCUGUGAUCAUACUUUUCAUUGCUGGAUGGACUCUUAUCGGCACUUCUCAGGUGUUGAAUGCUUUGAUGGUUGAUCUUUGGCCGGGCAAGUCGGCAACAGCAACAGCAGCAAACAAUCUAUUCCGGUGCGAGCUUGGUGCUGCAGCUUCAGCUGCGAUUAGUCCCAUGGCUCUUGCAAUGGGUCAAGGUUGGGCAUAUACCACACUUGCAUUGAUCUCAAUCGCGGUUUCCCCUUGCUUGUGGGUCGUUGCUCUUAAUGGGAUCAAAUGGCGACAGAAAAGGAAUCGAAAGGAAGAGGAGAAAGCGUCUUCUGUCAAAGACUAG